AUGUCUAUGAUUUCUAUGGCAUCUUCAGAAAGUGCUCUGGCAGGGCUCAUGAGCAUGUCUGCACCUCCUUCCUCUAUGUCUUCAGGAGAAGAGAAGGACACUUCUGGAAUGUCCCAGGGCACUCAGCAGUACUGGCAUCAAAAGGUGAAAGCAGAAUCUCGUUCUGAAACACUCAGGGCUACUGUUGCUGAGCAUCCUGGGGUGAUUAGUGGUCACCCUAGGGUGCCGACUCAUGGCCACAUAGCUAAUACUGACAUGGGCUUCCAUCCUCCGCAGGUUGUAGGAGGGAAGUGGCCGGCUCCACCAGCCAAAGUAUCCCUGAGCGAGUACCGAGCCAAGCAUGCAGAGGAACUGGCUGCCCACAAACGCACCCUGGAGAACAUGGAAGCCAACGUAAAAGAGCAGUAUGCCACCGCCGCGCAGGCACUCAUAGUACAGCAGAGAAAGGACAAGACAAAUGCACCACACCAGAGGGACAGCAGUAACACUGAGGGCGCCAACCCUUCCCCUAUUAUUGUGAAAAUCCCUGUUGGUGGCUCCGAGAAGACAGAGAGGCCUGCAUCCAGCAAACAAGAGAAACUCCUGAAGCUUCGGCUGCCAGCAGCUGGCCCAGGGGAAAAGGUGGUUCCACCUACAGUUACCUCUCAUUCGCGCCCUGAGGAAAUCAAAGUGCGAAUAAAGGUCCCUGUAGUGCCAGAGAGGCAAAGCUCGCCAGAUGAGGGCAGCGGAAAGCACAAGGACCGGUACAAGGGACAUUCCACCAACCAUCACCACCACCACCAUCACCACCACCAGCAACAGCAGCAUUCUUAUAAGCAUGGUGGAGGGAGUGGUAUAGGCAGCAAACAUACCAGUGACUCUUUAAAGCAAAAUGCCUCUCAGAGCAGCACCUCCUCCUCCCGUAAGCGUCCGUUCACAGAAGACGUGUCUACUGCCAGCUUGGUGGCUUCUCACAACCAUCAUCCAAAGGCGAACAAAUACUCCAGAAACUCUUCCUCCCACAAGCUACACAACUCCUCUUCAUCUCAGUCAUCCAGCCAGCAGUGUAGCUUCUCUGCUCCAGGUCUCUUGUCUUUCCCUUCCUCCCUUAUGUCGCAAGCAGUUGGCUUUGGUCAUGGAAAGGGGGAGAAAGUGCCAGUGGGGAGUGACUCAAAUGGACAUGGUGUAAGCAGCCAGUCAAAUGAAUACCAGGACACGUUUGAAAUGCUGAACUCCUUGCUGAGCGCCCAAGGUGUGCAACCAGCACAGGCCCCUAUGUUUGACUAUAUGCCUGCCUACCGUUUCCCAGGGAUGGCAGUGGGGGCAAAGCCCUCGGGCACAGACGGCUCCAGGCCGCCACCACUGCCAGCUGAACCACCUCCCCCACUCCCACCUCUCCCAAAGUAAUGGCUUUGCAUCUUUGCACAAAGACACUGGUUUUAUUUUUGUCUAACCUCUUCCCCCAUUUCUGUUGUGGUCAUCAAGAUAUUGUCUAUUAGAUCCUGGACAGUGCUUUCAGACUCUCAUGCCUGCCACUAUAUGUCUGACAGCAGAGUAAUGUACUGCGUUCUCAUGUGAUUUUUUUUUUUUUCUUUUGUUAAUAGCCACUUGUCUCGCCAAGGACAUAGAUGCAAAGCGAAAGUGGCUGGUUGCAUUUUCUACAUUUUGAUAAGACGAUCGAAAGGAAUUGGAAGUGCUCAUUGUCUUUUGAUUUGGCAAGUCCAGUUGAGAAAUGAUUAUUGAAGCUACUGGACCUUUUUACAUCUGCAUUUCUGUUUGUUUGUUUCAUACAGAAAAACUUGGGCAUUGCGGGUAAGAGCUGAGAUGUACACUAGUGGCCUGUUCAGUAGAUCAUUUGCAUCCAAAGCAGUGUUUCUGAUUGUUGCCACUUUCACUGUCUGCCAGUUUGACUCGCAGCCUGGCCCUUCAGAGAAACUAACAUUUAAUCAAUCAGUGGAAUAUUUCUUGUCUGGUGAGCAGAUUUGAAGGUUAUGAUGUAGACUACUUUGUGACUUUUACUGAACUAGUUUUGCUUUAACCACUGUGACAUCUGGUAAUAGACACUAAGGUGGCUCUAUAAUCAUCUUGUGUCCUGUCUCCACUUCAGAAUUAUUGCUAUCAUGCAUAAACCGUUCUCUCCUGUUCCUGACUGUCAUUCAGGCAAGAACGCAGAGAGGUGGUUUUACAAAUGACGGUGACAUGCACCACUGUUGUUAAAUCCCCCAAGAUUCCCAUGCAGUCUUCCCAUGUAGGUAUAAUUGCAGUUUAGGUCUUAGAUAAAGCAGUGUUUUCCAGAACCUGUCAGUGAUGACAUGCUCCUUUUCAAAGGCAGACAGCAGAUAAAAAGGACAAUGAUCAAGGCUGAUUUAUGCUUUCCGCAUUGGCUGUUGCAUGGUCUUGGUGAAUGGCCUCUGUAGAGAUUGAGGAAUUAAGAUUUUCUUUAAACUCAUUCCAGUGGCAUGGUGAUAAUUUAAAUAGUUGUCCGUGUACGCAACAAUCUGUUUAAAAUUCACAAAAUUACUGAAGUCACCCAUUUACAAAUCUGAGUAUCUUUACGCCAAGCUUUCACAAAAAAGAAAUUGCCAAUAUUUUCUAAUCCCACUCCCAACAUAUAUGGACAGAAGUGGCUAAAGUCUA